UACCAGAGGGAAUGCAUCCCGUUAACAAUUGACAGUGAAUGAGGAAAGAUGUCAGUAACAACAGCUGAUGUGAAUAUGAGCGGAGAUUUUGCGCCAUUAGAACCGUCUCUCAAAAAUAUUAUCGACCAGUGGUCACUUCGCUGGAUAUUUGUUGGGGGAAAGGGUGGUGUAGGAAAAACAACUUGCAGUUGUAGUUUAGCAGUGCAACUAUCCAGAGUGCGUGAAAGUGUUUUGAUAAUAUCCACGGAUCCAGCACAUAAUAUCUCAGAUGCUUUUGAUCAGAAAUUUUCCAAAGUACCAACAAAAGUUAAAGGAUUUGAAAAUCUUUAUGCUAUGGAAAUAGAUCCAAAUGUUGGUUUCAAUGAACUGCCAGAAGAAUAUUUUGAAGGAGAAAAUGAAGCUAUGAAACUCAGUAAAGGAGUAAUGCAAGAGAUUUUUGGAGCAUUUCCAGGAAUAGACGAGGCCAUGAGUUAUGCAGAAGUCAUGAAACUUGUGAAGGGCAUGAACUUCUCAACUGUGGUGUUCGAUACAGCCCCAACUGGUCAUACUCUCAGACUACUCUCGUUUCCUCAAGUGGUGGAGAAAGGCCUUGGGAAGUUGCUACGACUGAAAUUGAAGAUUAGUCCAUUCAUUACUCAGAUAUGUUCUAUAAUGGGUUUGGCAGACAUUAAUCCUGAUUCCUUUUCUACUAAACUGGAGGAGAUGCUUGCCAUAAUUCGUCAAGUGAAUGAGCAAUUUCGUGAUCCAGAGCAGACAACAUUUGUUUGUGUCUGUAUUGCUGAAUUUCUAUCUCUGUAUGAGACAGAAAGAUUAGUACAAGAACUCACAAAAUGUGGUAUUGACACACACAACAUUGUUGUGAACCAGCUGCUGUUUCCUGGAAAAGAUGAACGGCCUUGUCGAAUGUGUGCUGCAAGACAUCGUGUGCAGGAGAAAUAUUUGGAUCAGAUUUCAGAUCUAUAUGAAGAUUUCCAUAUUACUAAGCUACCACUUCUGGAUCAUGAGGUGCGAGGUGUAGAGCAAGUGAAGGAAUUCUCUGUCAACUUGGUGAAACCAUUUGCACUUAAAUGAUACGUUAACAAGUGCUCUGAAUGACAGAUGAUUGUAUAUGCUGAUGUUAAACUCAAGAUAUUUAAAAAUAUGUGGGUACAUUUUGUAGUUUGAAAUUAAAUGUUGCUUGAAACUGUGAUGUAUUGAUUGUAUGGAAAUGCUGUUCAAAAUAACAUGGUCAAAUUCUGUCUUCUAGGAUAUAACGCCAUGUAAUCCAACGAAAGCCAACGAACAGGUUCCUCUGAAACAUCAGCCAGCUUUCACCAAACUACAUGGCAUUAGAUCCCAGAAGAUAGACUGCUUCAUAACUUCCACCACAAGAAACUCAAAUCCUAUAUAACAUAGUCCUUUCAACUUACUUUCCUGUGUGUUCUGAUCACAAGAGAAACCAUAUGUUAAAUCUUAAGUAAUUAUGUGUAAAUAAAUUCUCGAUCAGUAACUCUCAA